AUUGGAGAUGCUAAAAAUAGAACAUACUCCAUUAUCAUGAACAGAUCAAAGAAAACAAUGGCGGCGAAAGGUUCCCCGGCUAGUCAAAAGGAAGCAAACACUGAACUCUCAAUCUCCGAUCAACACAUUUCUUCUCUGACCCUCAGUUUUCUUCAAAGAUCUGGCAUGUCCAAACUCAUUCCUCAGAGUUGCAGCAAUAUCAGUGACUUCUAUUCUCAUUUCUUUGCAAAUUUCAUCAAGGUCAAUCUCAUCCAGCUUGGACGAAUCUCUUGCACUGUUUCUGUCAAACCUCAAAUCUCAAAUACUUAUGGAACACUACAUGGCGGGUCUGUUGGUUCUCUGGUCGAGUUGCUGUCAAUUGCUUGUGCUAGAACUGUUGUUUCCGAAGACAGAAAACUUUUUCUCGGCGAAAUCAAUGUGUCAUAUCUCUCUAGUGCUCCAACAAAUGAAGAAGUUUUAGCUGACGUGUCAGUGGUGAAAAGUGGAAGAAAUGUGACUAUGGUUGCACUAGAGUUUAAACGGAAGAAGACUGAGAAUUUGAUUUAUGUUGCUCAUGCUACCUUCUACAACUUCCCAAUUGCAAAAUUAUGAAACAAUUAUCCUUCUGCUGAUUAUAUUGAGUGAUUUGUAAUGCAUUGCCAUAUCCUUCAAUGUUUAGUCUCAAAAUUGGGAAUGAAGUUUGAUAUGAUACACCAAGUUCAAGAGUUUUGGAGAAAUUAAGGUGCUGAAGUAAUCACUUUUGACACCAUAUAAAGCAGAAAUAAAGAAAAUAGUCUUGGUUCACUUAAUCUAGACUAGACAGUAGAGAGAUGUUUUUGUUGUAUGUGUUUGGUGGUGUAGUGUGCAGGCUCAUUGUGUACAAUAGACUAUGAUAAGAGGGCUGUCAUAUCACUAUUUGGUUUUCUUGAGUUUUGGUGAGGUUAUCUUGGGAGCAAUUGGUCACAAUUCUUUGGUUACCAUGAUUUUGUGAAAUAGAAAUGGCCAUAAUUUUGAGUUAGGGGUGGGGAGGUUUCAUGGUGAAGUAGAAAUAGAAGUAUAUUAAAGGGAUUUUUUGGAAAUCACAUAAAAGAAGCCAAGAUUGGUGAAUAGGCGCCUCAACCAACCGAUUGAAGCCACAUUUCACACCGUUAUAAAUAUAUUAAUGUUCUUGAAUGACCAUCUUAAAACAAUGAAACAUUGUUUCUUAUUGUCAACUAAUACAAAUUUUUCUAUAAAUAGAGAUAUUUGUUAGGCAUACAAAGGACGCGAAAAUAUCAUAUUUUAGAUUUAAAAAUUAUAUCUAAGUUUCUUUAAUUUUUCUAGUGCACAAGAAUAAAUUGGAAACUUUAUUCUGUAAAAUAUAGUUGAUAGAUAUGUUUAAUGUGAAUGUACAAUUCAUGUUAAGA